CCCACCUCCCGCCCGCGCGGCCAUGGGGGAGGUGGAGGGCGGUGCGCCGGGCGCCGCGGAGAAGGCGGCCCCGCUCCCCGCCGGAGGGGCCGCGCCCGGCCCGGAGCCCGGCGUGGCGGAGGAGGCGGCGGUGGUGUGGAGUCCCGAGGUGGAGGUGUGCCUGUUCCACGCCAUGCUGGGCCACAAGCCCGUGGGUGUGAAUCGCCAUUUCCACAUGAUUUGUAUCCGAGAUAAAUUCAGUCAGAACAUCGGACGGCAGAUUUCUUCCAAAGUGAUUUGGGACCAUCUGAGCACCAUGUAUGAUAUGCAGGCUCUUCACGAAUCUGAGAUUCUUCCGUUCCCUAAUAUAGAGAAGAAUUUUGUUCUUCCUGAUGAAAUGAUUCAAGAAGUGAGAGAAGGAAAAGUCAUGAUAGAAGAAGAAGUGAAAGAGGAAAUAAAAGAAGAGAUGGAAACGCAUGCAGGUCCAGAAGAAGUUUUUACACCCUCUGGAAGUUUAGGAAAAACAACUGAGAAGCCAAGCGGCAAAGAGAAAGAGAAAACUUCGUCAGAUCCUGGGUCCAAAGAAGGAUCUGAUAAGAGGAAGCGCAACAGAGUCACUGAAAAGGUCUUGAAUGCAAACAGUAACCCUUCCAGCCCAAGCGCUGCGAAGCGACGCAGAACAUAAAGCAAGCUGUGAGCCAGAGGAGUAACAAACUGAGCAUGAAGAGGGAACAUGAAAAACAAGUAGCAAGAUAGUCACUACGUAAACUUUUUGAGUAAGGAAAAGGUAUCUGAGCCAGGUAUUUGAAGAAUCUGCACAUUGGCUUCAUAUACGCAAGACUCGGCCUGUCUUUCCUGAUGUGUUUUCUGCUCAGCAUUGAGUAGCUGAGCAACAGCCGCCUUCUCGGGGUGCUGGGGGAAGAUGCUGGCACCGUUAAGAGUUUGUUUGCAACAGUUCCACUGGUUGCAUUUCAAACAAGUAACACACUGUUUGUCAGCACAGUUCAUGAAACAGGUGCUUGUGAAACACAGAGCCUCAGUUCACGAAAAACAUAGGUUAUUUCUGUAAAUUUUGGGCUAUUUUUUCUGCCUUUGCUUUGUUUCUGCCUACAAAUAUCACAGACCCUUCUGUGAGUGAUGUUCUUUGGCCAGUUUACUUACUACAAGCAUAGCGUUUGUAUCAAAUGCCUGAAUUAAUUGUUUCAGUAAAAGUAAAAUUCUGUUUAAUAGAGAUAACUACUGAGUGGAAGUAUUUUUUUACUCUGCUUACUGAAAGAACCUUUACUUCUUUCAUCCAUACUGACAUAACAUUUUUAAUCUUCAAGUUUAUAUCCCAUAAGUAAGGUGAAAAUGGUAAGAUCCCUAAAUAAAAUAAUCGGUGAGGGCCCUAAAUAAAAUACCCAGUGAUGUCACAUGGUUUUGUAAAGGACUGGCUGAGCUGUCCAUGGAUCUGGAGGUGUUGAUUCAUCUAUUUGUGCUCUGCUAGUGUGUAACAGUGGAGUUUGUACAUCAUUAUUUAUUUUUUUUAAGCAUUUCUAGUAGAUGUUAAUGUCAUUGGUAAUCGAAAAUGUUAAUUCUGUUCUACAACUUAAGAACCUUCCUGACAUCGCAGUGCUUAGUUUUUCGAUGCCAGAAUACUAAGAUCUGUUGAAGUUCCUGGUUUUGUGUUGUGAAAAGGUGGACUACAACCAACAAACACAUGUUAAAAGGUGAAUGAAGUAGGCUGAACUGUUCCUGCAUUUGUUUCACCGUAUUAACUCCCAGUUCAUAACAAGAACUACUUCUUAAUCUGUCAGUAUUGCCUUCAAGGUGAGAAACUACGACUGUACUAGUGUUUGGUUUUAUUCUAGGUAUGUAGACAAGUUCUUGUCUGCGUUAUCUGCUUCAGUUAUUUUAUAACA